AAGGAAAGAACUUAAUUCAGGCAUGUUUGAAUGCUCCUGAUCCGAUUGCCAAUGAGCCUACUACGUGUCUUAUAAUAAUACUUCACCACAAAUGAAGGAGGAUAGGCAAGCAUAUGACGAUUUGAAGAAUGAGCCUCAACAACUUCCAAUGCCCACGGCGCCGCCACAGCCGCAACCGCAACAACCACAACAACAGUCGCCACAACAACAGCAACCAACAGGCUACAACAACUCUGCAGCCUAUCAACCUACCUAUUCCCAACCACAGCAGCAACCACAGCAAUCUUCUACUGUAGAUAAUUCUGCUGCCACUGGAGGCUACAAUGGACACCCAGGCUAUUUGAAUACUGCAAUGCCUACAGGUUAUCAACCCUCUGCUGGUCAACCCACCAAUAAUGCUGCGGCUGCGGCUGCGGCUGCGGCUGCGGCUGCUGUUGCUGGUUACUCUCAAUUACCACCUCAACCACCUGCUGGUUUUUAUGCUAACCAACAACAGCAACACUAUUUACAUCAACAGCAGCAAUCUCAACAACCACCACAACAGCAACAAGGAUACUGGCAGCAGCCACCAAGCAAUUUACCCAGACGAAACCCAUCUCCCAUUAUUGAUAACGCUACGGCAAGAACAGAGUAACAUAUCUGUGCAUAACAGUGUUUCUCAAUAGUAAUUUAAGUUGAUUCCCCCUUUCCCUAUAUAUUGAUCAUAUAUUUCUAUCAAGCAUUUCUUAUCUCCCAAAAAAGAACAAAAAAGAAAAAAAAGAAAAGAAAA